CUCCCGAUCUCUUACCUCUUCCACACUCUCUCCAUCUGCAUCUUCUCACCUUGCUUUUGUUUUGCCUCCAAUCCGCUCCCAGGGUCUCUCUUUAUCCGGAGCUUUUUCGACAGACCUCUGACCAACAGUCGCUCGUUUCGCUGUCCUUCUCUUCUGCGUCAUUCGACACUUUUGGAAUACACGGCUUCUUUCAGUUGCAACGCUUUGUUGUCCCUCUUCCACCGCUCCACUCGUGACUCGAAUCUGUCACGGCCUGUCAAAGCUCGACGGCCUCGCUUCCGGCUUCCAGCUUCCAGCUUCCAGCACCCUCGCCGAGCCUUCAGUUUUGUAGCCUGGCAGAGGGGGGCCCGAUCGCGACAACAGCCAGAGCGCUUGUGGGAAGAAUGAUGAGUUCAGCAUGAGCUGGAGCUCGAAAGAGGUGGUUACAUUUUGGAUAUUCGCAUUGGGAAGCUUCAGUUGCCCAAUCCAUUCACCCACGGUUGACGGACCAUCUCCCCCAAGAGCAUGAAGAAACCUCGUUCCUUGGGCGCAUUGGCCCUUUUCGCUCCCGGUGUGUUUGCGCAGAGCUGCAUAUCGCUGGCUGGUUCGACGACGUGUCCUGCUUUCAACUCUUCUUCAAUAUCGACAGACCCUACUUUGGUUGCCUUAUAUCCCUUCCUUGCUUUUGUCACGUCGACCGAGAGCUUCGAUACCCAAUUAAGUCAAUAUGUGGAUGAGCAAUAUGUACAGACAAAAUACGUCAAUAUCUUUGGUUGUGACAAUGUCAAUCUGGGUAACACAUCCAGCUAUUACGCCCGUUAUACGACCAGCUUUCUCUGCAAUGGCAUCAUCCAGAACUCAAGGACGCCCUGCGGUCUAUCCACCGCCGACUCCGAACCGCUGUGCGCCGAUUCCUGUGCCGAAUUGGCGCUGAGCGAGGAACAAAUCGUUUCGAGCGACCUAUGCACGGGUCGCAACAACGACUAUGCUGACGAACUCAGAGCUGACUUCACCAACUGUGCUUUGCCUGCCAAUUCUAUUAGUGGCAGCUGUAUCACAGGGGAGUCGAACGAACCUGACAACUGUGGGUUCGGCGGCAAUUUGAUGGGUCUGUGUAGCUUCUGUCGCUCAAGCACCGUCAAUGGGACAGACUCCUGCUGCUUGACUUCCAACGCCACCGGCCGAUGCCAGGAUGUUACGCUUCCUGUAUUCUCCACCAUUUCCAACCUCUUCUCCUCUACCACCAGCCCGACUUCUUCACCUACCUCGAGCCCAACCGCUGCCGCUAGCCAUGGAGGCGGUGGUUUAAGUGGCGGAGCGAUUGCUGGAAUCGUUGUCGGCUCUGUGCUGGGAUUUCUCCUCCUACUUGCCGUAAUCAUUCUGUGCUUCAUAUGUCUGCGUCGCAGACGCGGCGAAAGCAAAGCAGGCAGUGUUCUCAACCAACCGUCACCUCAAAGGAAGGGUGUGGUGUCUGCUUCAUACAAUCAACCCAUGUCGCAGCAAGGAUAUGAGGUCUUGCCAGGCGGACGGGUCGCUCGCAUGUCCGCACUGCAGGAUGACCAACCAGGCGUUGGACCUACAGUCGGACCACGCAAUUACACCUCUCAUACAGACCCAUACGGCGACAGUCCCGAAUCGCGCGAAAAGGCGCUGGGGGCAGUUGGCGCGAUGAAAGCUAACGGCUCUCCGGGCAGCGAUUCACAACAUGGAUCAUCUCCCGGCGACUUCUCAUCCCCAGAAGGAGUUGCCAGUGGUCAAUCAGAGCAGUUGCCGUUCUUCAAGGAUUAUUACUCUAACGACGAUAUUCAUCCUGGAGAUAAAGUCUCGGUGUUAUGGGCAUAUCAACCUCGAGCAGGAGACGAGUUUGAACUGGAACGUGGUGACAUGUUGAAAGUAGUCGGCAUCUGGGAUGACGGCUGGGCAACGGGAGUGCGGAUCAAUGACCGGGCGGAAGACUACGAUGGCAAGCAUAAGGUGCAGCGAGACAGCGGUGUGUCGAAUGGUUCCACCACUCGAGAAGAAUCUCCUACUCCGCCGGGCGAGAUCAAGGCCUUCCCUCUGGUCUGUGUUUGCCUACCGGAAGCCUGGAAGAAGACGGUAGAAGGCGAUACAUCUACCGAAAGCGGCUCAGGCGGUGCUCCACCGAUAUAAGAAAAUCGGCCCAGUGUCCAAAUCAUGCUGAUUUUACGACGACAUGCAGUUAGCAAGGGCGUUUUCGGGAUGGUGGCUCACGGUCCGACGAAAACUACAGUACCCAAUAAUCCAGUAAUAUGUCACACAAAAAGCACACUUCCAGGAGUCGGCGUCGACUUGGAUCGCAGAACAAGGCCUUGUCAGCAGCGCUUUUGCUCGGUACCGAGUUGGAUCUUUGUUGGUUAUGCGUUAUCGAUGUUGUUGUUGUUACCUUCUAUGCCUUCAGUUGAUACCCAUUGUGUAUAGCCCUCUACCAGCUUGGAGUACUUUAUGCUCGAUGCUCGAUGUCCAGUGCUCAAUGUUGACGUCGCAUGGUGAUGAGCAAGCGCGUUGGUCUAGUGAAAAGCUUUCUGGCGUCGUUGUGAUUCCAUAUUCGGUGUGCUUGGUGAACGGGACGGGGAGGACCGCAUUUGGGGGGGCUUGGAACCGAACCUACAGAUGAGAGGAGACAGCAUGAAAGCGACAACUCUAUCGGACAGGCUUACUGGCAAAAGAAAAACAGCCUAGCCAGCACUCGAGGACUGAGGGAUAGGGUAGGGUAGGGCAGAGUUCCAAGCACUCGGGCGGUCAGGAGUGAGCCAUGAAUACAGACAGAUGAGAGAGAGAAAGAGCAUUUAUAUCAAAAGACCUGCUGUGAUUGGCAUUUUGUCCUCUGAUGUGAUACCGGAGCAGGUCGUGAACUUGUGAUUUGGGGGAUUAUUGAUCGCAUUGGUCCGUUGCCAGAUAUCAUUCUCAACGGGUAUUCAUCGCCCUGCGUGUUCGUAUGCCCUCGUGCCGUACGCCAGUCUGCCUGUCGUGCGCCCCCUAAAUACAUAAUGAAGAGUGCUAACACAACACAACCCUCUGUGCUGUUGGUCCGUGUUCGUGGGAUGCUGGAAUUUCCC